AAAAAAAAAAAGGAGUUUCUGAUUUCAUAAAUACAUAUAUAAAAAAAAUUAUUUUACGUUUUUUACAUAAAAAUAUAUUGUAUACAUGGAGACGUGGGUUUUGUUGCGUUAUGUUCUAGUGACAUUUCUUAUGGCCAUACACUACAAUGCAAAUGUAGAAUCUGCAGGGAUCACCAGACACUACAAGUUCAACAUUCAGCUGAAGAACGUGACAAGAUUGUGCAAGACAAGAUCGAUCUUGACGGUGAACGGGGAAUUCCCAGGGCCUAGGGUUAUUGCAAGAGAAGGAGAUAAUCUAUUGAUCAAGGUGGUUAAUCAUGUCUCCACCAACAUCUCCAUCCACUGGCACGGGAUCAGACAACUGAGGAGUGGGUGGGCGGACGGACCAGCCUAUAUAACACAGUGUCCGAUUCAGACAGGACAAAGUUAUGUGUACAACUUCACGGUCACAGGGCAGCGAGGGACACUGUGGUGGCAUGCUCACAUCACAUGGAUCAGAGCCACUGUCUAUGGACCUUUGAUCAUCCUUCCAAAACUCAAUGACUCUUAUCGAAUUGCGGGGCCGACCAGAAAUUUUCCUAGUGAUUAGGGAUCUUUAGAUUGAAAAUUGUGUUACGAUUGUGUGCGUGUAGGGGAAUGGUUCAAUGCUGAUCCUCAGGCAGUGCUUCAGCAAGCUCUUCAGACCGGAGCAGGCCCAAAUGCUUCUGAUGCCCACACCAUAAAUGGGCUUCCAGGCCCAUUAUACAACUGCUCCACAAAUGAUACAUACAAGUUGAAGGUGAAGCCUAGAAAAACGUAUCUCCUCAGGUUGAUCAAUGCUGCCCUCAAUGACGAACUCUUCUUCAGCAUAGCCAAUCACACGCUGACAGUUGUCGAAGCCGACGCCAGCUACGUUAAGCCCUUCCAAACCGAUGUUCUAGUCAUCGGACCGGGGCAGACCACAAACGUACUGCUUAGGACCAAACGUGUUUCUCCGAACGCGACAUUCUUCAUGCUUGCAAGGACUUACUUCGUCGGCCAAGGCACUAUCGACAACACGACCGUGGCCGGAAUCCUCGAAUACAAACAGAAUCUUAGAUGCAAUGGUUCGAAUUCUCUCAAAACGAAACCCGUUCUCAUGCCCACGCUCCCUCCCAUCAAUGCCACGUCCUUCGUAUCGAAUUUUACCAAUAUGUUUAGAAGUCUAGCGAGCCCUAGAUUCCCUAUAGACGUGCCGAAAACCGUCGAUAGAAAAUUCUUGUUCACGGUCGGUUUAGGGACAAACCCUUGUCCGGAAAACCAAACUUGCCAAGGACCAAACGGGACAAUGUUCUCGGCGUCCAUGAACAACGUAUCGUUCGUGUUACCGAACACGACGUCGUUGUUGCAGUCAUAUUUCUUUGGCAAGUCAAACGGAGUGUUCACGACGGAUUUCCCAAAUGCCCCUAUAUUUGAGUUUAAUUACACUGGGAUGCCACCGAACAACACGAUGGUAAUGAACGGAACAAAACUCGUGGUGUUGAAGUACAACACGACAGUGGAGUUGGUGUUGCAAGACACGAGCAUUUUGGGUUCUGAAUCACACCCUAUGCACCUCCACGGGUUCGACUUCUACGUCGUGGGUCAAGGCUUCGGCAAUUUCGACCCGACCCGUGACCCGAAACGGUUCAAUCUCCUCGACCCGGUCGAACGCAACACCGCCUUUGUCCCCGCCGGCGGUUGGGUCGCCGUCCGUUUCCGAGCGGAUAAUCCCGGGGUGUGGCUGAUGCAUUGCCACAUCGAAAUUCAUCUGAGUUGGGGAAUGACGAUGGCUUGGUUGGUAUUGGAUGGAGACCUUCCGAAUCAGAAACUUCCGCCUCCACCGUCCGAUUUCCCAAAAUGUUGACUUUGACUAAUCGAACGGCUUCUCCCUCGCCACGUCACCAUGUGUUUUCUCCUCCUCCCUACUUGUGUUUGUUUUUCACCUGAGAAAUCUGAAUUUUGCUUCUGUUUUGUUUUUUUUUUUUCGUUUUUUUUAUUAUUUCGUUUCGUAAGAAAGUAAACAGAAACAGCUUUGUUGCAGUGAUAAUUUUUCUGUUCGGUAUUUGUUUUUUGGCAUCGAAUAAAAGAUAGUAUUUUGUUUA